CGUCAAACCCCUAUUUCAUUUCAUUAGGUAAAGUGGUUAAUCCUUGCCCUAAUUACUCUAUUGUUUAGUGUUUAAGUUAUCUUGAAGCUAUUCUUCCCUGGACUUGUAAAUACUCUCCCAUGUUACACAUGUACAUGCUUGUUUUUAUUGUUUGAAGCAGGACAUCUAGUUAGUAAUUGGACACUAUAGGUUUGUUUACAGUUACUGUGUUUCUAUUGAUUUGGGAACUGAUCAACUAAAAGAAAUAUAAAGAGAAAAAAAUAUUCAGUUCUUCAGUUAAUAACACUGGCCAAUUCUUUUGUAUUCAGAGAAAAUAUGGCGACAAAACAAGACAGUAGCAUUCCACCAUGGCAGCAAUUUACAGUAGAUUCUCAACAACUGGAUCCAGUUCCGUUGGAAGUCAAAGGUACGAUACCAAGUUGGGUGAAGGGAUCUUUGUAUAAAAAUAGUUCUGGAAUUUAUCAGAUUGGCAGUAGUGAGCUGGUACAUGCGUUUGAUGGAAUGGCUAUACUUCUAAAGUUCAUCAUAGAAAAUGGAGAAGUGAAAUUUCAAAGUAAAAUAUUGAAUAGUGAAACUUGGGAAGCCAGCCAUAAAGCUAAUCGUUUGGUGGUUAGUCAGUUUGGAACAAAUGCUCUACCUGAUCCAUGUAAAAAUAUUUUUUCCAGAUUCUUCUCCCAUUUUGAGCCGAGAACGACGACUGAUAAUACGUCAGUUAGUAUCAUUGAAAGUGGGGAUCAACUGUGGGUAUUAGGGGAAGCUAACAAAAUAAACUGUGUAGAUCCAGAAUCAUUGUCUAGAGUUGAUCAGAUUAAUUAUGAGAACUAUGUAGCAGUACAUGCGGCUACUGCUCAUCCACAUCAAGAUAAAGAUGGUUCCAUCUAUAACCUUGGAACUAACCUCAAAUCGAAAAUGGCCUACAACAUUAUAAAGAUACCAGCUAAAGCAGAUGGUGGACUUGAUAUGGAGAAUUCAAAAAUUGUGGCGUCUGCUCCAUCCAGAUGGAAAUGGAAAAUCAGUUAUAAUCAUAGUUUUGGGAUGUCAGAGAAUUAUUUCGUUAUUUUGGAGCAGCCAUUUGUGAUUAGCCUUGGUCGUGUGUUUAUUAAAAAGUUGGCUGGCAACACCUCAGAAAAGUCUUUAGUUAGUUACCCUAAAGAAAAGACUCGGUUUCAUAUUGUUAAAAAAGACGGAACAAGGAUUGAAACAAAAUACACCAUGGACCCAUUUUUCGCGUUUCAUUUUUGUAAUUGUUAUGAAGAAGAGGACCAGAUGGUUAUUGAUAUGACUAUUUAUAAAGACUUGGAUUACAUGAAAAAACUUUAUCUUGACAGUCUUCAAGGGAAUUCAUAUUUUAAUUCCAAACACCCUCCAAAAUUUGCCAGAUUUGUUGUUCCUUUGGAUAUCUCUGGGGCGGAAGUAAACAAUAAUCUAAUCACUCUCGAUACAAAAGCUACAGCAGUUUUACAAAGUGAUGGAAGUGUUUUUUGUACGCCUGAUCUUUACAGUGAAGAUUCAGGUGGCAUCAUGAUGGAAUUACCCAAGAUAAAUUAUGAAAGCUACAAUGGAAAGAAAUACCAGUAUGUCUACGGAGCUAGCAUAUUCACAGAGAAAAACAUGAUAAAAAAGCUAGAUUUAAAAUCAAGAACAGUGAAAGAAUAUAACGAUGUUGAUGCUGGCAAUGAACCAGGAGAAUCUUUCUUUAUACCAAAACCUGGUUCAACCAAAGAAGAUGAAGGUGUUUUGUUGACUCUAGUCAUGGCCCACCAACCGGGAAGAAAAUCAUAUAUACUUGUUCUUGAUGCCGAGACCAUGACAGAACUGGCCCGCGCACCACUGCCAGAAAAUAAAAUCAUGCCAUUAACUUUUCACGGUUGUUUCACACAAAGUAAAAGUCAGACAUGUUGGUAGAGAAGCAAAUGAAGAGCCCCGGGGAAGAACGAUCUAAGACACUUUUUCAAUGAACCCCAUUUAAUGGCGCCAUCUGGUAGCAAAUUGUAUAAGCUUUCUGUGGAACAAUCAAUUUUAGGUAAAAACGAUCAGAGUCACAUCGAACCAAGGCCCUUCUGAAAUGGCCUCCCGGACAAAUAUGUCCAUCAUACUCUUUAUUUGACCUUAAUUUGACUGAAAAGUGGAAGUCCGUUGUUGUACUGGUAAUUAUGAUUCGUAUUAAACAUCAUUUUGAAGUUGUAAUUUAACCCAUUCGUUGUUCUGUUCGCGUCAAGCAUUCUCGUCCAAAAGUCUGUUUUGCCUUUUAUGCAAAAAGACAAAAAUGUGACUUAGAUCUAUCUUCCCCUAGCCAAUGAAACGGUCUGUAACGGCAAGUUUUAGGAGUGUUUGCAUGGAACUGUUGGCAACGCAGAUUGGUUAGUCAAAUGUCUGACAUGAUAGGGCAAAAAGCCGCUCGUAUGACUACAACUGGUCAGAUUUUCAUGUAGUGGAGGCCAUCGAAAAUAUAAAAAA